AUGCCGGACGAUUCCUUUGUGAUUGAUCAUAAGUUAUUGUACAAUGAUUUGGUUGGACUGAUUUGUGAAAGAGUGGGGUGGAAUAGAAAGAAUGUGAAUUUGAGUCUAUCGAUUUUGUAUGAUACGAUGCGCAAUGGUUUUAGGCGUAUUGCCAAAAUCAAGGACGACGCAUCGUUGCAAGUGUUGUAUUUCCUCCCAAGUUCGACAUAUAUUGAUUUGUAUGUAGAUUUGGAGGUGGCGGGUACUUAUAGGUCCCAUUUGGAAGUAGGGACAAGUAGUGGUAGGCCGAAUGUGGAGAAUGUCGAUUACAUGGAAGAUGAUAAUGUGGGAAGUCGGGAGAGUGAUGAAGAGGUCGAAGACAAAUUCGCCACAAAGGAUAGGCACAUAUAUCGUUCACAGGGUACGUGGGAUCAUACAAAAGUGGACAAGGAUGAUUUUCAACUUACCAUGUGGGAUGGGACAACCGCAACAAUUGGGAUAGGGACUUGUUUCAAGAAUAAGGAAGAAGCAAAAAAUGGUAUUGCAGCGUGGAACAUAGAGCAAAAGAGAGAGUUUUAUGUGAAGGAAAGUGAUGGUUCAACAUGGUCUAUUUGGUGCAAAUCCCUAAAAGAGUCAACCCCUAAGGGUUAUGUUCCUUGCCGUUGGAAGGUACGUGCCUCCUUGAGAGACCACGGUUUGUGGGAGAUUGUGAAAUGGGUGCCCGAGCACAAUUGUAUGAAUGUCACCGAGGAUAACAAUAAUCGGAAUGUGUGCGCAACGCUUAUUGCGCAUCUCAUAAGGCAUAAGGUUGAGUUGGACCCAGAUUAUGAAGUGAAGCUAGUUCAGGAAGAAGUGAAAGACCGUAUGCAUGUCGAUGUUCCUUACCACAGGGCAUGGGAGGGAAGGAGAAAAGCUAUCGAUCUUAUUUACGGCGACUGGGUUUCCAAUUUUGACAUACUUCCAAGUAACUUGGUGGCGCAGUUUCGAAGUAAAAAGAUCAAAAGGUUGUGUUGGGAGAUGGGCACGAAACUUUCUAAGUCUAAAUUCAAAGAACUAAGGAAUGAGCUACGUGAUUUUAGCAAUGAUGCUUAUUUGUAUCUCGAGGAGAUUGAUACUUGUCAGUGGACUCUUGCCAAAGACAAACACUAUCGUUGGGGUAACCAGACAACGAACAUUUCUGAGAGCUACAACAACGUCCUCAAGGGCGUUCGUUUCUUGCCAAUCCGGGCUUUGGUGGAAGCUACUUUUAUUAAGACUGUGGAUUUGUUCCAGGAAGAAUACGUGAAGUCGAGGAAAUGUAUUACUCCGGUCCCAACUGACUUGUGGGAAGACUUCAAGAAAAAAGAAAAGAAACCCGCGCAACACAAAGUCAACCGUUAUGGUGCUAUUAAUGGCAAGUUCAAGGUGAAAAGUAGAGCCCGACUUGGUGGUAAAGGGGAUAACACGUACACUGUGAAAUAUGAAGAGAAGAAGUGUUCUUGCAAGAAGUGGCAAGAGUAUAGGUUCCCUUGUACACAUGCACUAGUUGUGUGUCGGAAGAUAAAAGAUCAACCAAUCAAUACGGUGAAUCCAUAUUUUAGGGUUGUUGCUUGGCAAGACCAAUUCAGUGGGCGCGAUGACUUUUCCCCGGUCCCUGAUAUGAGAAGAUGGCCUCAGGUUGGAUGGAGACUCGUUCCUAACUACGAGCGAGUUAUUAUGCAUGCUGGACCCGGUCGUUGGCAAAAGAAGAGAUUUAAAAUGCAAAUGGAUUAUAGGGGACGCAAAUCGAGGGGUGAAUGUUUGAGAUGUGGCUCAAGGAAUCAUUUCACCAAUGCGUGCCCAAAAUCACACAAGAAAUCCGAUAGGACAAGGCUCAAGAUCAAUUGGGACGCCGAUGAGGAAGGCGGAGAAGAGGAAGAAGGUGCGUUGGCGGUCGAUGGUGAUGAUGCUGCCGGCUUGGAGAGGAGGGAGUUUGGCGGUGAUGGAGGAGGAAGAAGGGCUGGUGCGUGGCUGCCUCGUGGAGUUGGAGGAGAGGAAGCAAGGUGUUGCGGUUUCGGCGGUGGGAUGAAGGAGGAAGAUGAUGGAGAUCAAGGUGGUGCUGCGCGAGGGUGGUGGCCGCCGGUGAAGGAGGAGGGAGUUUGGUGGUCGGUGAAGAAGGAAACAAGAAGGACGUGGAUCUUUUGUUGGGCCAUCAGAGAACCAUACGAGCCCAAUCGGGUCCUUCGUCAAUUUCAAUGCGCCCAAACUGUGCCAGAGUACCCGUUAAUCAAUGACAUUGAUCGCUGGAAUGCGAUACACCACGGAUGCCUUGGGAGUGGAAAGGCAUAUGAUGAUUGGGUGCAAAAACACACUGAGUCUUCCAAUCUCAGCGACAUAUAUCAUCUCGCUGAUGCAGCCUUACGGGAAAAUCCUAGCCUUGGUGGUAGUCUAGAGGAUAAACUCUUCCAAAUCUUCGACAAGAGUUUCAGUGCCCUGACUUUGGGCCCACGUGAUAUGAGCACUCAGUCCGAUACUCAAGUUCUUCAGAAAAGACCCCCUGAGUCAAGUCAAAAUGUGGUACUCACGCAGAAAACAACAUCGAAGCCUACUGGAGGAGGAAGCGACCGGGAAUUUCAGAUCGAACAAUCAUAG